AUGGUCGUGACUUGUUUUAGCGUCGCCAUUGAUCGCCUUCCCCGCCAGCCCGCUAACAUCCGCUGUGGGCCGAAACAUCUCAUCCUUCCUCCGUCUUUGAAGCCAAACUUUAAGCCUCCCAGCUGUUUAUGUGCCACCAGACUUGCACCGUUGGCAUUGAAGCUUCACGCCAAUGAUCGGCCUUGCGGAGCUCUAUACUCGGCGUGUCAGAAAUACAACAUACCUAUUCAUCUUCCACGCGAUGCCGUCGAACAUGAGGGUGCGCUCUCUCCACCAAGCAAUGUCGAUGACGCACGAGGCAUGUCUCUCCCCAAGCUCGGCUCAGGGAUGCAACCAACAAAUAAGGUACGGUCAGCUCGAACCGGACGAGACAAUGCGCAGCCUGCCGGGUUACGAGCAGAUCCCCCACACGUUAAACCCACCAGGAUCGUUCGGUUCCCCUCCACCGUAGCAAAGCUGCAGUCAAACACUGGAACAAAGUGCGGAUCGGCAUGCGUUCCGACUGCCGUUUGGUCAGCAAAGCCAAUCAAGACCGCAGAGACGCUUCACCGGACGGAUUGCGCCAUUCGAGCUGAGUGCGACGUGGGAGCUGCCGCCGUCUGA